GUAGGAGAGACCAAAUUGAUAGGGCCAGACUUGGUCCAGCAAGCUAUAGAGAAAGUCAAGCUUAUACAAGAUCGAUUAUUAACAGCUCAGAGUCGUCAGAAGUCCUAUGCAGAUAAUCGUCGAAGGGACUUAGAGUUCCAAGUGAAAGAUUGGGUAUUCUUGAAGGUGUCGCCAAUGAAGGGCGUUAUGAGAUUUGGCAAAAAGGGCAAGCUUAGUCCUCGGUAUAUUGGACCUUAUGAGAUUGUACGCAAGGUAGGCCAAGUGGCUUACGAAUUAGAUCUACCUCCUGAUUUGGAGUCAGUUCACCCAGUUUUCCAUGUAUCGAUGCUUCGUAAGUGCAUUGGAGAUCCUUCUAGAGUUGUACCGGUAGAUGAUGUUCAAGUCACCGAGCAAUUAUCCUACGAAGAAGUUCCCAUUGCCAUUCUAGAUAGGCAAGUAUGGAGACUCAGAACCAAAGAUGUAGCUUCGGUUAAAGUUUUAUGGAGAAAUAAUAAUAGAGAGGAAAUGACUUGGGAAGCAGAAGAAGACAUGAAGUUCCGGUACCCGCAUUUAUUUCCACCUCCAGAGGAGACUCAGGCAGAGACGCCAUUGUCCUCAGGUAUGUAGUGCUUUCCUUGAUGUUUUCCUGGUCGUGUGUGGCCAUGGUUAUUGAUGUUGUUGUUGUAGCCCUGUGAGGCGGUGUAUUUUGGGUUGCUGUGACAGGAUGGUAGUGCCAUUUUACAGGGGAAACUCUGGCGAAAUUUUUAUAGAAUCCCCAAGAACCUAACAUUCGAGGACGAAUGUUCCUAAGGGGGGAAGAAUGUUACAUCUCGAAAAUUUCAGAUUUGUUGCCUUGUGAGUAGGCUAACAUGAGCUUAAGGUGAUUAUGAAACCCUUACGAGAUUAAGGAAAGUAUUAGAUAGCUUAAGGUGCAUACUAUAAGAUUUUGAAGUCAUAUGAAUAUGUGAAGUUUAGUUUGUUGAAGGAAGUGAAAUGUAAGUCGUGUUCGGAAAGGUUUUCGCUAUAAUUGAGCUAAUAUUUAUUUAGAAAUAUCUUGAAGGGCUGCUAUAGGGCCUAUUGUAUGGUUAAUGAAGUGUUAUAUAAGUGCCAAGAAGGUUCCACGAGGAUUGGAAGUCAAACGAGUCGACGAGAAUGAAAUUCGGAAAUUCCCAGUUGUACGACCAUUUGUACGGACCGUAUAAUUUAUACGGCCCGUAUAAUGGU